GUAAGAGUCACCAUGCGCUCUCUUCCGCCUGGGAACCGAGACGAAGUUGUGAAUCCGCGCUUGAAUAUGUAUAUUGAUUGUUGAUCGAUGCUACAACUGAUCCAAAAUGUUGGUCGACACAUACAACCAGGGAGGGGGGUGGUCCCGGUACAGUUUACUUCACGGCUGAUCCCUAAAACAACGUUUCACGCAUAUAAAACUGCAUUUCCCACAAUCCAUUGCGAAUGACGAUGGUCCUGCUACUGCGCAUGUCCGCGCGGGUUGUUGUCAGUGGUGGUUAUGGAGAUGCCAUGGGUCUACGAGCUGUCAAUAGUACUGUGAUGUUCGCGUGUCCAUCAGAGGGAUGCCCCGGAAGAUAGGAUUCAUGGUAGUCAACGCUUCAAGUCAUGAGGAUAACUUCAGUGCUAAGGAGCUCAUGGUCCAUGCACCCACAGUCAACGGCUGGAGAUCGAGCAGGCUGUGCUCCUACCCUCAGCACAUCACCCUCCAGCUGGUGGAGAGAUGUAGGGUGAGGAAAUUGCAGCUGCUGGCCCACCAGUACCUGAUCCCAGCCAAGGUGGAGUUUCACAUUGGAGACGCCCUUCCUGAAACCAGCACCUCAGGGCUCCCUGGGCAGCUUCGGAGACUCGGGUACGUCUCUUUGUCGGAUAAUGAGAAGACAGGCUUCAAAGCUCGGGAGCUGAAGUCCGUCCAUGUAGACGCCAUCGGAACGUCUCUGAGAAUAACCUUCCAUCGGAACCAUGACAACCAUUACAAUCACCACAAUCAGGUUGCUUUGGUGGCCAUUAAUGUUCUGGGAGAUUCUUUGGAUGGCGAUGCUGUUAAUGCAAUUCCAAGCAGAGAGCAGCUGAUCGAACACUACCUCAACAGUACCCAGCUGGAAGCCCCCUUGGACACAACCUUCAUGGGUAAAUGUGAGUCCACCUCCCCCUUGGACGACCUGGCCUUCGACAUGUACCAGGACCCUGAAGUUGCCCACAUCAUCCGACUCCUGGACCAAAAGAAGCUCGACAUGGUCCAGCAGGAGAAAUACGAGCAGGCCAAGAAUCUGAAGCAGGCCAUCGCAGACCUGCAGAAGGUGGGGGAGCGUUUGGCUCGAUAUGAUGUGGAGAAGCGAUGUGCGAUCGAAAAGGAAGACUAUGACCUGGCCAAGAAGAAGAAGGAGCUGAUGGAAGAGUACAGGAGGAGCGUCUACCAGCAGCUGGAGGUCCACAACCUGCUGGACAUGGCAAUGAUCACACGCGCCGCAGAUUCCUCCUCAACCCAGGAUCCUUCCGCCCUCCUGCCUUCUCCGGGUCGCCGUUCAGUCCCCACUCAGCCCCUCGUGUCCACAGACGCAUUCAAGGCGGGGAAAAAACAGAACGGGCAUCAAAACCAACAAUCAGACGCAGAAACUGUUGUGGCCAAACCGAGCAGCCAACCCGACACACCGUGCACCCCUGCUGCUGUACCCAAGAUAGACGUGACCUGUGUGCCUUAUGAUGAGAAACCGCUACCAGCCUUUCAGAGGACAGAGCGGCCCGCGGAGGCCCCUCUGAGCCCUGAAGAGCAGCACUCCCCCCAAGCUGAUGCUCAAAGGACUCCACACAGCCCCGAGAUGAGCGGAGAGCCAGAGCCCCUGACGGAGAAGGCCCAGAGAGAGGCUGGCCUUCCACUAGAGGUCUAUGGAGAAAGCCUGGUGGCUGGGGUGUAUUCCAAAACCUGGUCCUACAGAGAGGAUGCGCUCCUGGCUGUGCACAAGAAGCUUUUGGAUCUGUCACCCGCCACCCCCAAGGAGGAGCUAAGAAGCAUGACAAGAGCAGCAGUCUUCCUGGUCAAGAAGGCCCUUUUGGAUAAAGUGUCAUCUGUUUUCUACGCCGCCUUGAAGUUGCUGCGGCUACUGCUGAGCCAGCUGAUCCCAGGUCUGGGACUGGGCCGGGCCGAGUUGACCCACUGCGUAGAUCAGACGUGGCCCAACCUGCUGGCCAGGGCUGGAGACUCAGCAAGCCGCCUCCGGGGCCCGGCCACUGCCUUCAUUCAGGAAAUGGCUGUUUUGAAGGAUGUACGCGCUCUGCAUAUAAUCCCCGGUGAGCUGGUGAAGCCCUUCAAAUCCAACUUCCCCUCUCGUCUGGCUCAGAGUCGGACCGAGCUGCUCCAGAAGCUACUCGCUGAACUGGGUACAGAAACCUCUGGCUUCACCCUGGACAAUGUCAUGACGUUCUGCACAGCAGCUUUGGAGCACAAUGCACCGGUGGUUCGAGAGCUGGCAGUGCGCGUCAUCCUAUCCAUGUACCAGCAGCACCGAGCGGCUGUCCUCCACUUCCUGCCACCCAACGAUGCUGCUGCACGAAAGAACUUCCUCUUCAAAACCCUCUUUGAUGGCUUUGCCAAGAUGGAUGGAAAGCUGGUGGACACUCAGAUCUUGAAUAAGGGAGGUGGUCAGCAGGAUGGGCAGAAAGAGAAGGAGGAGAUCCACUCCCUUCAGGAGCAGCUGGCCGCCUUGAAAGAGAUCACAGAGAGAGGGAACGAAAGCCCCAAAGGACAAACGCCCAAGAAAGAAGCCCCCAAACCUGAGUCCCAAAAAACUGGCAAAACAACUGUCGCAAAAGUGGCGCCGAACAAGGUAACGGACAUUCGUGACGUCCAACAAUCUGUCAACUAUCUGGACAACCUGUGUAUAUUCUGCGGUAAAAAGGACGAGUCGUUCACCGAGGACGGACUGGACCUCCACUACUGGAAACACUGUCCGAUGCUGAGACGCUGCGACCAGUGUAGACAGGUAGUCGAGAUAGCCAGCCUCACGGAGCACCUGCUCGGCGAAUGUGAAAGCAGGUCCAAGUUCAGCCAGUGCCCACGCUGCUCCGAGGCCGUGGCCAUCGAAGAGCUGACCCGCCACGUUCAAGGCCCCGCCUGCAUCCCCCCCAUCUCGGGUAAAGGCUCCAACCACUGUCCUUUGUGUCACAACAACUUCAUGCCUGGAGAGAAGGCCUGGAAGGCUCACCUCAUGGGCAGGGAGGGCUGUAAACAAAACUCACGCAGGACUGCGGUGUCCCAGAGAACCCAGCCGGCACAAGGCAGGGCUGUCGGUGGAGCCAAGCUGAAGCAGGCCUGGUCGGUCGGGGCCAGAGCCAGAGCCAUGGGCAGAGGCAGCCGCAUCCCGGCGCUGGCGCCCCGGGCCAGAGGACAAACUCCGGGGAAGAACUGAAACUGGGUCGCGGCGCCAAGAAGGAGACGCACAACCGCAACGCACCGAUCACAAACGUGCAUCCGUCGUGACGACCUACACCCGCAUUCCCCGGUCCCAUGUUCCCCCGUGUCAGCACUUUUAGACAAGACAUCUGAUCGGUUUCUCGUCAUUUUUAAGAGUGAAUUUUUAGUGAAUACCCCUCCUCGUCUUAUGAGCACAAACAUUACAGCGUGACGCGGUACUUUUGCCAUUUUAACUCUUCCGUUUUCGUGUCCGGUUGUGGUCAGUGACGGAACAUCUGCACAGAGAAGCCACAGCUGGAUGUUAGAUCUCUUUCCUCUUGUCUGUACUGAAGCCCGUAAACACAUGCACACCGUGAGCCGUUUGCUGAUAUCCCCUUACAGGAAGUUUCUGUUUUUGAGGCUCUUCUAUCUCAAAUUGCUCAUUGCCAUUUGGAGCCACCAGGGUAGGGAAUGGUACAGCUUUAAGCAGUCGACCAUUCAUUUGGUAUAAUACUUCCAUUAGAGGCGCAGUGUGUAGGAUUUAGGGGGAUCUAUUAGCAGCAACCAAUUUCCACAAGCUAUCUGAUGCAUCUGUACAUGUUAUUGUAACAUUUAAAACAUUUACUUCAGCGUUGUGAUUUAAUAUAAGAUUUAGAUCCCAGACUCUUCAGUAAAAGCCAGGAUACAACCAGUAAUAGCAUUAAAUAUGUAAUCGGUCACUCCAUCUCACCGGACAGGGAGAGCAGCUGAGACUCCGAAACGCUCCUCUUUGUAGAAGCAGCAGCGAGAGGACGAACGAGGGUUUUGGUUACAAGAAGGAAACGUUCCUCCCAUGGCGACUCUCCAGCAUCCUAAAGCUUUGUGACAUUAUUGAGUGCACUUUUACUCUCGGCGUCACACAUCCGUUUACAUUUCUCUUUUCUUUUCUGCUCGUGAAAAUAACUUUUAUCGAAGGAGUGAAGUAGCACUUUGCCAAAUGGAUGAUCUUUAUUUAUGUUCCUGCUUAUUGCCUACUGGCAAUCUUGACUAGAUAGCAGUGUUAUAUACCCCCUCUAGUCCAGGGAGGGAGACCAAGUAGAUGUUCUAACGUAACACAAUGAACAUUGUAUACAGUACACUUUCUGUAGCACCUGUUUUCUGCUGAAUUUGAAGUCUCUUUAAACUGAUUUUGACAAUUCUGACAAUUUGCUAUAUUUAUAUUUAAUGCUAUGUUUGUACAACUUCUAUUGUACUGCACAGUGGUAUGACGAUGUUGAUUGUGAUGUAUCUGUGAUUCAUCCACAGCCAAAAAUAAGUUUUUUUUAAAACAUUAUUUUGCAACUAUUAGUCGGGUACAACUGCAAUGUAGUAUAAGAGUGUAUAUUUGGUUUCAACUAUCCAACCCAUCACAUGGGCUUUAAUAUGCUGAGUGGACAGUGGAUGUUUUCCACUAUUUUUGAAGUGCAUACUUAUCAGUAUUUUCUGAAUAAUUAUGGCAUCAACUGGCUAUUUUUGUCUUGCGCAAAAAGUAUCUGUAUUUGUUUAAAUAAAGCUACAUAAAGCCGGA